AUGGGGAAACCGGGUUUGGUUGGGCCACCUGUUCCCUCGGGUUUUGUCAUUAUUCAACCUGGUUGGUGGCCCAUUCCCAUCUGUUUGGGGUUCAAAUAUUCCCAAUUUUGCAAAAUACCUUUUUAGUCCACUGCUUUGACUUUUAAUUUUUUCCCAAAUGGCCCCCCUUCCCCUGGGGAAAGGGUUUUUGGGGGAGGUUCACCCCUUAAAAACGGUUCCAUUCACAAGCCUUUCUCCUUUUUUAUAUUGCCCCCUUCAUUACCCCCCUUAAAAAUUUUGGGAAAAGAGGGUCCCCGGGGUUUCCGGGACAAAAAUUAGUAAAUUGGGCCUAUUUUAAUUGGUCCCACAAGGACCAAAAUGGGGUUUUUCUGACAAAAGUAGGCUUAUUUAGGUUUAGGAAAGAUUUGGGGCGCAGGCCGGGUUUUCCCAAAACUUUGGGGUUAUCCUCUUGUUUUUUCCCCUCAUUCAAUAAUUUCCCAAUUAAAUUACCCCCCCUUUUGCCCCCCCUUUUUAACCGCCCCGGGCCCCUUUUGGGCCCCCUUUUUUGGUUCCCCUUUUUUUGGGUCCUCUGGGCCCCUCCCUCCUUUGUUUCCGCCCCUCUUUUAAUUUUUCCCCAAAAAAGGGGGCCCCUGUCUCCCCUGCUCUUUGGGUACUCCCCCCUCCUCCCCCUCCCCCUUUCCCCCUCUCCCCCCCUCCCCCUUCCCCCCUUCUCCUCCCCCCCCUCCCUCCCCCCCCCCUCCCUUUCCCCCCUCCCCCUCUCUCCCUCCCCCCUCCCCUCCCCCCUCCCCCCUCCCCCCCCCUCCCCCUCCCUCCCCCCCCUUUUUUCCCCCCCUUCCCCCCCCCCUUUCCCUUUCCCCCUUUUUUUUCCCCCCCAAAACCCCCCUUCCCCUCCUUCUCCCCCCCCUCUCCCUCCCCCCCUCCCCAUUCCCCCUUUUUUCCCCCUCCCCCUCUUUUCCCCCUUCCCCCCCCCUCUCCCCCUCUCCCCCCCUCUCUCCCUCCCUCCCCCUUUUCCCCCCUCCUCCCCCCCCUCCCCCCGUCCCCCCCCCCUUUUCCCCCUCUCUCUUUUCUCCCCCUCCCCUUCUUCCCCCCCUCCUCCUCCUUUUCCCCCCUUUUCUCUCCCCUUUUUCCCCCUUUUCCCCUCCCCCCACCCCCUUCCCCCUCCCCCCCUCCCUCCCCCUCCCCCCCCCUUUCCCUCCCCCCCUCUUUUUCCCCUCUCUCCCCCCUCCCUCCCCCUCCCCUCUCCCAUCCCCCCCCCUCGUUUCCUCCCCCCCCUCCCCUUUUCCCCCUUUUCCUCCCCCUCCCCUCUCCUUCUCCCUUCCCCCCCUCCCAUUCUCCUCCCUUUCCCCCCUUCUCCCUUUCCCCCCCUUCCUCUUUCCCCCUUCUUUUCCCCCUUCUUCCCAAACCCCCCCCUCUCCCCCCCUCUCCUCCCUCCCCCCUUUCCCCCUCUCUUCCCCCCCUUUCCCCCCUUUUCCCUCUCCCCUCCCCCCCCCCUUCUCUUCCUUUUCUCCCCCUUCCCCCCCUUUCUCUCCUCUCCCCCCUCUUCUCUCUCCCCCUCCCCCUCUCUUCCCCUCCCCCCCUUUCCUCCCCCCUCCCCCUUUUCCUCCUCCUUCCCUCCCCUCCCCCCCCCCUUUUCCCUCCCUCUCCCUCCCCCCAAAGGAUGGGGAAAAGGGUAGCCUUUUUCUACAGGGAUAACAUCCGGCUGUUGGACUUUUCAACCUGGUCUUAAACCAAACUUUUACGCCCUGGUGAGGCCCCCCACAAAGGGAGGAUACCGGGUUUUCGGGUCGGGGGAAGGAAAAACACAUUUAUUUAGUUCUUCACACUUUUAAAAAAUUUAAGUAGGCAUUGGGGGGUGUGUGUCUCUGUCUGUUUUUCUAGAUUUUAUAUAAACUGUCCCCUUUCCCUUGUUUUUUUGAUCCAUAGAGAUUUUUUUUAAGGGCCCGCACGUUUGUCUGCCCCCUUUGUGGCGUCUGUGAGACCCACAGGUAAAAACCUUUGACCAUUUUCCAUUUUAAAGUAGCCCAAAUUUUCUUCUUCAAACUACGGGGAUGAUUGGGUUUAAACAAACUGAAAGGGUGUGAACUCAACAAGAUCCCCCGUCGAUUUUUCAUCCCCCCAACCCCUUGUAAACCUGACAUUUUUUUUGAAAAAUGUUUUAAAAAAUUGGGCACACGAAACAACGCCAGGGUUUAAGUUGGGCAUUAAAUUCCGACGGGUUAAGUUAAUUUUUAAAGGUUUUGGGGUAGGGUUCAAACUGAAAAAAAAGCCCCGGUUAAUUUUUGGGCAUUUUUUUUCCGACGGGUUUUAAUUUUUAAGGGGUUUAAAGGGUUUUGGGGGUUAGGGUUUCAAACUAAAAACCCAUGCCACGGUUAAUUGGGGCUUAAUUUCCCCGGGUUUAAAGUUAGGUUAAUUUUUGGGGGAAAGGUUUUCAAACUGAAAAAAACCGCCACUUUUAAAUUUGGGCAUUAAUUCCGACUGGUUAUUUAAAGGGGUUUAAAAGGUUUGGGGUUUUUUUCAAACGGAAAAAAAACGCCACGGUUAUUUUGGGCAAAAAGCCCCCUGGUUUUUUUAAAGGGGUUUAAGGGGUUUGGGGUAGGGUUCAAAAACUGAAAAAAACGCCCCUUUAAUUUUGGGGCAUUAAUUCCGACGGUUGGUUAUUGGGUUAAAGGUUUGGGGGGGUGGGGUUUCCCAAACUGAAAAAAAACCCCAAACCGGUUUAAAGUUUGGGCUUUAAAUUUCCCCGCCGGGUUUAAUUUAAAAGGUUUUAAAGGUUUGGGGGGUGGGGUUUUAAAACUAAAAACAAAGGCCACGGUUAAGUUGGGUUUAAAUUCCGACUUUUUAAUUUAAAGGGGUUUAAAGGUUGGGGGAAAUUUUUGGGGGGUUCAAACUGAAAACAACCCAGGGUUUAAUUUUGGGCUUUAAAUUUUCCGAGGGUUAAGUUGGGGUUUUGGUUUGGGGUAGGGUUAAAACCGGAAAAAAACCCCCCCUUUAAUUUGGGGGGGGGGGGGGGCUUUAAAUUUCCGACUGUUUAAUUUAAAGGGGUUAAUUUGGGGGGUUUAGGGUUAAAACGGGAAAAAAACGCCGGGGGUUAAUUUUGGGCUUUAAAUUCCGAUGGUUAAUUUUAAGGGUUGGGUUUUAAUAAUUCCGACUGGUUAAGUUCAGGGUUAAGGUUUGGGGUGGGUCAAACGACAACAAACGCCAAACCGGUUAAGUUUGGCUUAAUAAUUCCUGACUUGUGUUAGUUUAAGGGUUUAAAGGUUUGGGGUAGGGUGUUCAAACGAAAACAACGCCCACGUUUAAGUUUGGGCAUUAAUUCCGACUGGUUAAGUUAAGGGUUAAGGUUUGGGGUAGGUUCAAAUGAAACACGCACGUAAGUUUGGCAUUCAUUCCACUGUUAAGUUAAGGUUAAGUUUGGGUAGGGUUCAAACUGAAAGCAACGCCACGGUUAAGUUUGGGCAUUAAUUCCGACUGGUUAAGUUAAGGGUUAAGGUUUGGGGUAGGGUUCAAACUGAAAACAACGCCACGGUUAAGUUUGGGCAUUCAUUCCGACUGGUUAAGUUAAGGGUUAAGGUUUGGGGUAGGGUUCAAACUGAAAACAACGCCACGGUUAAGUUUGGGCGUGCUAAAUCUUUGUAGACAGAUGGCAGAGGGGUCUAAGCUGUGAGGUCCCGCUCCGUACGGCGCAGGUUCAAUCUCAGUGCUCUCGGUACUUGUUUGUAGUUUUUUUUUUUUUAGCUUUGCCUCUAGUGGCCAGUUUUGACGGUGUCUCCCAAUGUCCUGGGGACCUGCACAAACGUUGAAUUUCACCUUGGAUCUGGAGUGAUUCCUCUGGCAUACUGCCCCCUGGAGUGUGUUGUUUGAACAGGUAUAAAGUCAAGGUUGGUGAUUUACUGCCACCUGCGGUUAUGGGAAUGUUUACUCAUAAGUAUAAUUAAUUGGCUGAUCCCUCCUGAUGACCUGGAUGGACUUAUGAGAUCCUUUCUUAACACAUAGGAAGUCCCACCCAGUUGACUAAUUAAAAAUGGUGAAAGUCCUCAAUGGAGCUGCCCAUGUUAAAACAGGCUUUUGGGCACUACAGUCCUCUAUCAUUCUCUAUGAUGUCUGUCUACGUGUUUGUCUCUGUAGAUCUGCUAGCCCAUGAGGAGGCAGAGCCUGUCUGUCUGUCUGUCUGUCUGUCUGUCUGUCUGUCUGUCUGUCUGUCUGUCUGUCUGUCUGUCUGUCUGUGUCUCCUAACCCUCUGUGUGUCUCUGUUGAUCUGCUGGCCCAUGAUGAGGCAGAGCCUGUCUGUCUGUCUGUCUGUGUCUCCUAACCCUCUGUGUGUCUCUGUAGAUCUGCUGGCCCAUGAUGAGGCAGAGCGUCUGAACGACGUUAAGUUCCUGGUUCAGCAGCUCUACACCACCCUGCGUAUAGAAGAACAUCAGCUGAGCAAAGAGAAGGAACUGGUCGUCAGACUGGAGGACCUCAACUCACAGCUACGCCCACUGGAGAAGGUACACAGAAAGGGAUUUAUUGGAAUUAAAUACAUUUGUAAAUAUCACUUUUUUCUGUCUUCUGAUGGGCUUUAGUUGCUGUGUUUAGGAUUCCAUUCACUGCACGGUUAAUGUUUAGCAUUGGUGGAUAGAAAAGGGUCAACACAAGUGUAUUCAUUCCCAUUGGGAGUGUUCAUUCACAAAUCAAUGGAUGGUAGUGAUAUAUAAUAAUAUAUGCAUUUUAGCAGAUUAUUUUGCGUGGAUAAAUGUUUUACGUAUGGGUGGCCCCGGGAAUCAAACCCACUAUCCCUGUGUUGUAAGCACCAUUCUCUAACAACCGAGCUACGGCGGACCGCUGGUGUAAGUGCCCUUAUUGACUGAUGCCUGUCUCCGAUUGGCUGUCCGUCCCAAGGUGAGGGAGGAGCUGAGUCGUAAGGCGGAGCGUCGUACCACCUGGGUGCUGUGGGGGGGCGUGGCCUACAUGGCAACCCAGUUUGGGAUCCUGGCACGCCUCACCUGGUGGGAGUACUCCUGGGACAUCAUGGAGCCUGUCACCUACUUCAUUACCUACGCUACCGCCAUGGCCAUGUACUCGUACUACGUACUCACACGCCAGGUAACACACCCUCUGUAGCACACACAGUAAAUCCAGGUAGAUAGGCUGUUACACGGCCAGCCUGUGUGUUGAGGCUAAGCAAUAGUCUGUGUGUAUAUAUAGUAGCGGUUUUUUUGAGCAGGUUCAUUCAUGUUUGGUUCAUUCAUGUUUGUGUCCUCUUUCCCUGUAGGGGAAUGUAUACAGUAUUAUUCCCUAGGAGUAGUUGUAGCAUUCUGGAGUAGGUCUGUUUGUGUGUUGUGUUAUUGUGAUAGAAUGUCCCCCUCCCCCCCCCGUCCUGUAGGAGUACAUCUACCCUGACGCCAGGGACCGACAGUACCUGCUGUUCUUCCACAAGGGGGUGAAGAGACAACGCUUUGACAUCCACAAGUACAACGAGCUGAAGGACUCUAUCGCUGAGGUAGGCACUAUGCAGGCAGGAACAGAUGCGGGCUGGGAUGCUAGCACGCACGCACGCACACACACACACAAACAAACGCGCACACACACACACACACACACACAGGCAUGCACACAUUAACACGUGUACACAAAAUGUACUUUAUGGUUUCAUCAUCUGGAUUGAAACAUUGAACAAAUGUAGAAGGAAUUCACAGAUUCCUCAUUAUUCUCUCUCUCUUUAAUUCUGUUUCUUUCUCUCUCUCUCCCCCUCCUCUCCCCAGGUGGAGUUAGAUCUCAAGCGUCUGAGGGACCCCCUCCAGCUCCAACUCCCUGUCCAGCAACUCACCGCCGCCAGCAAAGAUUGA